AAGACGAGGUCGCCUCCAGAGCAUGGGCUGCGUCAAAUCCAAGCGGAGCGCCGCGGCCUCCCAGCACGCCAACUCCACCGAGGGGAAGCCAGCGGGCGAGAAGGCCUACCUGGUGGGCGGGUCGACGCCGGGCUUGGCGGACGGCUCGCCGCAGGUGAACGCAGUGCUGCUGGAGUACGCCCAGCGGCUGUCGGAGGACAUUGUGGCGCGGGCGGUGCAGCAGUGGCUGGAGGUGGACAGCCGCUACAGCGACAUCCCCUACAUCGAGUGUGACGUUCCGUGACGGGAACCUUCAACCCUUGACCCUAGAUUGGAAACUCUCUCUGGAGCUUCUUUCACUGCCACUACUUCGCCUUAACCUCCGCCCUCUGCCACUAGGGCCUUCUGGGCCGCUGACGAUGCGCUCUCCAGAUUGGGAACUUUGACUCAUUGGACGAACCGACGAGACGUUUCGGUUUUGGUUCGUCCACUUUGGCUAUGUUCACACAGCAGGUGAAUUCACCCAAUUCCGAUCUUUCACCAGUUUGUUAAAAAAUAAAUCUGAUUAUUUCCAAAGCAUCUCAAUGCAUGUCAUAUUUUAUUUGACUUUUACGUCGAUGAGGUGAACAUACGUCAUAAUUCUGCACCAGAAGAAGAAAGAUGUAAAUCUGGACAUAAACAAUGAAAAUUAUAAUUAUGAAUUGAUGAAAGAAGUUUGAGUCAGUUGGAAAACUUUUAAAAAUACAAUUUCAUUAGAGUCAUUUCCAUUAAAUAAAGAAAAUUAAAUUCACAUGAAGAAGACCACUUCCUGUUGUCUUCUUCAUUUCCUCCAGUAGUAACUUCCUGUUGUUGAUCUUGCGUGUUGCCGUUGCAGUAAAUAUACUAACUUUGCAAAAACUUUCUAUUGAAAAACGUUUUUUUCCAAAUUGGUGUGUUUCCUUUGAGUCAAUUUAUUUUUGUAGUUCCAGUUUGCAUAAUUUUAAGGCGAAUAGAACCGCAGCUGGUGAGGCGCAUCCCAACGCACCGCUUCGGGUCCAAAUCCACCGAACAAACGAAUAUGCAG